CUAACGCGAUACGCACUGGGUUUCUAGCACGAGAGGGUCGCUCAUCAAUGCGGUAAAAAAAACACAACAAAUUGUAGUAAACUCUUAAGACAGGAAGAGUUUCUUUCUACACAUACAUUACUGCUUUUUUACAACAAACCGGGAUACAAUUUAUUCAAAGGUGAUUGUUCAACCCAAAGAUGAAUUUUGAACAGCCCCCUCCAUACCCAGGCAAUGGCCCCACUGCUCCAGGCUACCCAGCCCAGGGCCCACCUCCACAAGGCUUUCCACCUCAGGGUUAUCCGCAGGGAUACCCUGUGAACAUGGAGCAGCCUAAUCCAGUUUACCCUAACUACCCUGCUGGACCAAUGGGCCCUGGAGGUCCUUAUCCUGGCCCAGGACAGCCUCCUUAUGGGUACCCUGGACAACCACAACCACAGUUUGGCUGGCAGGGAGGACCCCCUCCUGGGCCUAUGUAUGGGGAAGCUCCCAAAAACACAGUGUACGUGGUGGAGGACAGGAGAAGAGACGACACAGGAGACACUUGCCUGACAGCCUGCUGGACAGCUCUGUGUUGCUGCUGUCUCUGGGACAUGCUGACAUAACUACUCUCCUACCGUUCACCCCCAUUACCCCUCUUGUCCCCCAUAUCUGUGCCUCAAGCCCCAUCACCCUUUCCUCCCCCCUCAUCUGCCUUAAACCUUGCGCUCCCUUAAAACCACCCCUCCAUUUCCUCUACAGUUCUUUUGCUCGUCUAUAAAUAAAAGCCUCGAUCCCAUGGAAGUCUCUGUCCGGAGCCACUUAACGCUACCUUGAUGUGAAGUCCUCAGCACUGACUGACUGACCCCGUACAGGGGGCUA